AUGCUGCCAAGCUGCUUGGUGAGGAUUCGAGAAAGGGCAGCAUUCAAGAAGGCCAUCCCUACGGACCGCGACUCGUCUCAAUUUCAGACAUCACACAGAGAACCGACGCAGUGCGACAAAGGAGAUUAUCGCAAUGAGAGACCAUACCGUCCCCCGUCCGGUCGUCAAUCGCUGGUUGCUCGAGGUGAAAAGAGGAGAACAGCUUCAUACUUUUGCACGAGUAAGUUUCCGACGCAGGGCACCGCCAGCGCCGGAGAAUACGAGCUGAUGGAUCAACAAAAAUCAGCUGUUGAGCGAAAGAACAACUGUCUCUUGAGCAUCUCUACGAGCCUCGUCACUCCGCAGCCAGCCAAUGAAGACAUAAUCGGAAGGGAAUCGGCUGGCCCGCCGCCGUCGAGUGGUACAGGUGCGCCCCUCACAGUGGGGGCAAGCAUCCGUUGGCCCCAAAGUGUUCCGGCGGCUCCUUUCAAACUCCAGCACAUCCUCCUGACCUCUCACCGUCCCGGGGGCCCCAGCAAGCCCUCCGUCACCGGCGGCCUGGGUAACAUUGCCCCGAACUGGCGCCUCAGAAAGUCGGUGGACAGGAGGCCUGAUGCUUACCUUACCGAGCCACGGUACCCGUACAAGGCGCUGGCUUUGCCCUAG